AUUAAAUGAAACUAGGCAAAGAACCCGUGCGAUAUCGCACGGACACUCAUUUUAUAAAAAUAAUAUUAUAUAAAAUUCAUUUUUAUAAAAUAACUUUUAUAAACAUUUUUUACAAUUACUUUUGAGGAAAUACAUAUGUUACAAAAUUUCUCGCAUGCAACUAUGUUUCUUUAUUGAAAAUACUAAAAACUAUAUUUCUUUAUUGGUAAUACUAAAAACUAUGUUUUAUUUAUAGGUUUGGUUGUAAUAAAUUUAUAAACAUGUAAAUACCAAAUAAGAUAUAUGUCUUUUAGUUCAUUUAUUUAAAAAUCUCUAUUUGAAUCUAAUUAAAAAGCAAACACAUUCCAGUCUAAUUUUUUACUAAAUUAGUAAGGUAACUUACAAUGAAAAGUAAAAUAUUCAUGAUUUUUUUUUCGAAACCAUGUCAGACGUGUGCAGUCGAAAACAUUACUAUAUGACAAUUUUAAGAUAUAUUAUCCCUUAACAUAUUCUUCUUAGUAUAUCAUCCAUAUUUUCUGUUUUAUUAGACGUUCUUAAAAAAUCAAACUGGCAUUAAAAACUAAUUAAAAUUCAAUUUAAAAUGAAAAUAGAUUUUAAACCUUCAAUAUAAUUUCGAGUUCUCAGUCAAACUUAUUCAUUAUAUGUAUAUUCUAUAAAGAAAAAUUCCCAAAAAAAUGCAUGCUUACAAAUUAAGAAGCAGAUUUUGGUAUAAUUACAAUGUGUAUACUGAUACACAAAAACUAUUUAUUUUAUAAGAUUAUGUAUUAUAAGAAAUAUUAAAAAAAUUGUAACGACUUAAAAAUAAAUAAAAAACGAUUCUUAAUUAUUCACAAAUUUUAAAAUCUUUAUAUCUCUUUGUUGACUAAUCUGCUGACAAAAAAAAGACUAAUAUACAGUUCCAAAUUCUUAACUAAUUAAAAUUCAUUUUAAAAUGAAAAUAGAUUUUAAACCUUCAACAUAAUUUUGAGUUCUCAGUUAAACUUAUUCAUUAUAUGUAUAUUCUAAAAAGAAAAAUUCCCAAAAAAAUGCAUGUUUACAAAUUAAGAAGCAGAUUUUGGUAUAAUUACAAUGUGUAUACUGAUACAUAAAAAGUAUUUAUUUUAUAAGAUUAUAUAUUAUAAGAAAUAUUAAAAAAAUAUUGUAACGACUUAAAAAUAAAUUAAAAUCGAUUCUUAAUAAUUAAAAAAUUUUAAAAUCUUUAUAUCUCUUUGUUGACUAAUUUGCUGACAAAAAAAAAAGAUUAAUAUACAGUUCCAAAUUCAUUACUUGAACUGUUGAAAACAUUUACUAAAUUACCGCACAUAAUAUCUUUUGGUAGUUCUUAUUUAAAUUUAAUAGUCUGGAAAUUUUGAAAUCAAAUAAAAUCAUUUGUAAGCUCUAUCAUGUUUUUCCAAAAGGUGUGACAAAAAAUUUAUAAUGGCUCAAACAUAACUACAAAAUUUUCAGUUUAAUGAUUUACUGAAAUAUGUCAAUAUAUUUAUUUCCAUUAAAUAUUUGAAGAAAGACUUUAAUUAUAAAUGUAUCAAAAUUAUUCAAACUAUUUGUACUAAAAUCAUUGAUUUCAACACUCUCAUUUAUUAAUGACACAUAAAAAAGCCUUAUCUUCAGAUUCAUCGUCAUAUAAGAAGUCACCAAGAUUAAAAUGAAAUGAGUUCAUCAAUGGUGUUGUGGUGAAGUUUUUGAAGAUCUUAGAUUGUAUUAUAAAUCAGGCCGCAACUUUCAUCCGUUAAUAGGCCAUAACUUAUAUCAAAUUUUGUAACUCUAUGAUUCAUAUUUUGGACUGAGGAGUGAAUCUGCAAAAUAAAAACGAAAGCUAAGUUUAUAAAUCAGUGAAACAAUAAACUGAAAACCUUUAUUUACUGGCGGUAAUUUAUUGAAAUUCUUUGAAUGUGGUCUGGGUUAUCAAAGUAGACACUUUUCUUAAAUUAAACUGUUUUUUUUUAAGAAAUAAAAUAUUAUUACCAAACCUGUUGUUUAUAAAUAUGAUAGAAAAACAGAUGAACAUAAAUAAGAAGAAUUUUCUGAGUUCACUUCACAAUUAUAAAGAUAAUGAUUAAUUGCAUACCAUGUGUUGCCACACAAUCCAAAGUAGAAGAUGAUUGCAAAUCUCUUAAAAGAAAGAUCAAAAAAUAAUUAAGAUAAAAAAAAAUUAAUAAUAAUUAAGAUCGUUUUAAAGAAGUAAAGAUGAAGAUGUAAUAGUAGUUAAUAGUAACAGUUAAUAUAUUGAUGACAAAAAAAAGUAAUAGUUAUAUAUUGAGUAAAAGGGUAAUAAUUAAGAAUAUCAAAAUUUUAGUUAACGGUUAGGAAAGUUAUCUCGUUUGAAAAUAUGACUUUUGUUGUUUCCCUUGCUGCUUUUGACUUUUAAAGUUAUACAUUAUUUUUGACGAAUAAAAAGUUAUACAUUAUUUUUGACGAAAAAAAUAUCAUAGAUUAUUUUAUAUGUCAUGAUUUGGACGUUAACAUGUUAAAUAGUUUUACAGAAUUGCGACAUCAGGACAAAAUAUCGUCCCUAACAUUAUUUUAUACUUAAUGUAAUUUGACAACUUCUUUUCAAUUAAUGUAAUUUUUAAGAUGAAAUUAUACAAUUUUUAACAUUAAUUACUGAAAAGACACAUAUAUAAUUUGACAACUUCUUUUCAAUUAAUGUAAUUUUAGGAUAGAGCAACACAACCUUUGACAUUAAUAUAUAUGUGUAAAAACACAACUCUUGAACUAAAAUAAGUGAGAUUAGCGACAAUUUUACUUUGACAAAUGUAUGAUCAUAGACUAUUUAUGGAUUUUAUUUGAAUAGUUACAUCUUUUCAAUUUAAAUGGACGCACUCUUUUAACAUAAAAGUAAUUAUUUGAAAAGAUAUUUAUAUAAAUAGUUACCACUUUUCAGUUUUAAAUAGAUACUUAUAUGUUUAUGACAACUUAUCAUAUACAAAUCAGUGACCAUUUUUUUAUCAAGUAUUAAUGACCAUUUUUUUAUUUGUCACCUUUGAACAAUUCAAAUGGUGUCUUUUCAUAAAAGGAAAUAUAGCUAGUAACUUUUCACAGUAUUAAUUGUGACCUUUCACGAACAAAAUUAUAACCGUCACAAAAAAUAUUAGGUUAAUUAAACCGCAUGCAUGCAAAAUAUUUUUCAUUCCUGAGAAUCUUAAUAUGCAUGUAGAUGUGGACAAAACAAAGUUCCAGAGUAAAUCGCAUGCAUGCAUUCCUUGUAAACUUUUUGUUAUGAAUUCUAUAUAUAAUGUAAAGCAAAGAAUUCGUUCACGUAUGACUACUAUCGACAAAAAUCCAUAACAAAAGAAGAACAAAUUUCAAGCACUUGUUCAACCAUUGCACAUGUUCGUUUAUGUUUCAAAAGAAUCAAAACUUACAGAACCUUAAACGUUAUAACCAAAAAAUAUUUCCAGAAACUUAAAUGCCACAAUGCAACAUUUCCAGGUGCCGUGUGUAUAUAAAUUGUUUAUGAAUGUACACUUAAAUACAUGUUUUACGUUUAAGCUGGACAUGAUUCUUUACGUUUCUAAUCCAACAUCAGAAUUCAUAAAUGCAUGCAAAGCAUUAAUUCAUGCAUAAAAUGUUUAAUUAUUUUUACCAAAAAAAAUGUUUAAUUAUGCCGACCCUAGCUUCUAUCACGAACACUCACUAAUAGAUGUAAUAUGUUCGUUAAAAAGAUGUGAGAAGGAUACACGUGAUGGUUCGGGAAAAUGAAUUAGAAGUUAUGUUGAAGGAGAAAACAUGAUAGGAGAACUUGACUCUAGAUCAUAAUGGCAAGCGAUUUAUUCAAGCUCGGAAUAAAAAGAUUGCAGUUUGGACAAGACCUCCUGCUGGUUAUGUUAACUGUAAUGUUGAUGCAUCGUUCGAUCAUUUGAAUAUGUUUUCUAAAAAUUUGUAUCCAUGUAAUUGCUUAGAACUUUUUUCCACCAUUUUUUAUUAGUUUGAUUAGUGAAAUUUUUAUUUUGAAAAUGCAUGGUAGAGACUAUUUAUAGAUUUUAAAAAUCUGUUUGAAUAGUCACAACUCUUAAAUUUGAAUAGUCGCAUUCUUCCAAUUUAAAGAUAGUUAUUUUGAAAAAAAUACUUAUAAGAAUAGUCACGACUUUUCACUUUUUAAAAGAUACUUAUAUGAAAAGUCACAACCAUUAAACAAUUUUUAGAAAAGAUACAACCUUCCAACAUUAAACUUUUAGAAAAGACACAACUUUUUAGAUAUCUUUUACAAAAGAUACAACCUUUCAACAUAAGUGGAUUCAUAACCUUUGGAAUUAAUUGAGAUUGCUAUUAUUAGUAGAUAUGAUAAAUAUGUAUUUUAAAUAUUUGGUGUGAUGAAUAGUAUUACCCCAAAUUUGGUGUAACACUGUUUACACUACACCAAAUUUGGUGAGAUAGAAUUAAUUUUGGUGUUUUGUUAGAGGUGAUAUCUUUAUAUAUAAAAGACAGUUUAGUCUCUUCUUAGGCCAUCCACGUAAGCCUCCACAUGGAUAAGUCGCUUCAUCUCGCGAUGACACGUGUCUCUAAAGACGGAGCGCUGCGUUUCAUUAAACGGAACGCGUUAUCUUCUGGGCUUGACUCGAUCUUUCUGUGUUGGGCCUUUUGUACUCACGGCCCGAAUGAUGUCACGACGUCUCCAACCCUAAUAACACAUUACUCUCGCGUAUCUCUUUUCUGCGCCGGCGACGCGUGACGUCUGCGAUUCAUCCCUCUUCGAUGAAACGGCCGUAGUUAUGUCGUCGUCUUUAUUCCAAUUGCAUUCAAUCCCUCACUCAGACUCUUCAAUGGGCCUUUUGAUCCCGAGCGGUGUGGAUCUGUAUAAAUAUGUAAGUAUCUAUAGAUCUCCAACACAUCCUCUCUUUCUUUCUCUUGAGAUUUUCUGAUUCCUGUUGCUAUGGCUAUUUUGAGAGUCUUCUUCUCUGACCUGAAGUCCGGCAAAUGCUCUUCCGUCGUCGAGGCCCGGCUUUUACGGUUAUGGGAGGCAAGGAACGUCAAACGCGGUGGCGAGCUGAUGUGGGUUGAUAUGCUGCUUAUGGACGUGAAUUCGACUUUGAUCCAAGCUACUAUCAACGCAAUUCGGCUUCCAAAGUUCCGAGAGAGGCUAGCCGCCGGGACAAUGUACUCUGUUUCUUGCUUUGACGUGGCUCGCUGUGCUCAGAACUUCAAGCUUGCGGACUCUUCUUUGAUGAUCCGGUUUAACGAUUCCACCGAGUUUGACGUGUUUUCUGAUCCGGUCUCGCCAAUACCUGCAGAGGGAUUCCGGUUCCGUAACCAAACCGAGUUGGUUGGUUUAGCCAAUACAAACACUCAGCUUCCAGAUAUUAUUGGUGAGAUCGUGGUGGUGAAGAGCACCGUGUCUGAUCAUCCGGAAGACAAAAACCGUGUCAUGGUCACCGUCAAACUAGAAAAUGAUGUGUCGGUCACUCUUAGUUUGUUCGACGCUCAAGCCGUUUCAUUUCACCAGAAGCUUGGAGGCAUGCGUGGUGAUCCUAAAGUGAUUGUUGCCACAAGCAUAAACCCGAAGAUGGUUGGAGGUCGUUUAUUCCUCAACGCGACGUCAGGAACACAUGUUUAUUAUGAUAAGGAGACACAUGCAGGAGAGUCUUUAUUUUACCGAUUGGUGGCUAGAGACACUGGUCUUCCGUCCGCCGCACCUCUCUUGAAGUCUUAUGCGAAGGUUAAGCCUGUGACAAUUGCUGAGCUUAACCAUUUUAUCACUACAGAUCCGCUCCAGGAAAUAGAUUUCUUAUGUACUGGGAGAGUUUCUCGAGUUGAAGCGGACAAGGGGUGGUGCUAUGUUGCGUGUUCUAAGUGCAGCAAGAAGUUGCAGCGCAUUGUCACUUCUUUCGAAUGUGCGCGCUGCAAUAAUCCUCAUGCGGUCGGAUCUCUGCGUUAUCGCGUUGAGAUGGUUGUAACUGAUGAUACUGCGGAAGGGACAUUUGUUUGCUUUGAUGGUGUUAUGACUAAGUUGCACAAUCUCAGGGCAAGUGAGGCGGUUCAGUUACUGGCUGAAGAAGGAGUGAACCCUGAGGAUUCCGUGAUGCCUCCGUUCGUUGCAGGAAUGGAAGGCAAGACCUACACUUUCCAGGUCCGUGUCACACCCUACAACUUCACCGUCAAUCACCAGACAUUCACUGUGUCACGUAUCAUCAAUGAGGUUGAGUGUGCACCAGCUCCAGACUUUGUCGAUGAUGGGGGUGAUGACAAUGAUGAUGAUGAUGCGCCAAACGGGACGAUCAACCGUGAGAAGUCUGGUUCCAGCAAGGGCAGUUGUGAGUCAUCAAAGAGUGUUGGAAAGGAGCCAGUCGGUAAUGUGCGCAAGAGGGUGCGUAUUGCUUGAGAUGGAUCUUCGAUAAUCAUCUCUCGAUGUUCUGCAUCUUAAUAAUGUUUCUGCAUUCUAGUUUUUCUCAGCUUCCUCUAUCUAUGUUAUGGAUUUUCUACAUUCACGUUUUUUUUUUCAAACUCUCUACUUUAUGGUUGUUAUGAAUGCCUUUUAUCUUGAGUUAACAUAAGUUAAAAAAAAAGGAACAAGUUGAUGCUUUAUUUGA